UUGUAGGCUGUGCAACGAACAGGAAGGAAGAUCGACUCAGACCCCCGCAGCACAGGAAGAGGUGAACAGUGAAACUCUGAACUCAAAAAAAAAAUCAUUAAAAAAGAGAAUGCAACGUUGCUGGAACCAUGUCGGCAAUUCAGUGACAAGAAAAAGCUGUCGUUUGCAACCCGAGUUAGCCUCAUCGCAACUUUAUUCUUGGACCGAAGGCAUCCCAUAAGAGACUUGAAUCUACCUUUUUUUAUCAUAAAAACUCUCAGUGUUUGGAAACCGUUGAUCCGGACAGGAUAUCAUCAUUCAAAACCGGGUCUUCCAUACAAGGAGACAUAUUCAAAAGGGAAGCGCUCAAAAAUAAAGAAAUUUGGCUUUCAAAUAAGCUGGAAGUUGGAUUUAAAAUGAAAGUUUCAAGGAGUCCUGGAGGAACUUCAAGAAAUAAUCAUGGAUAAAGGCUUUUCCAGUAAGACAUCCCAUGGAAUGCAUCAAGUAGACAGUUUUGAAGGGUGAACCAUGUCAUCGCUCUAUUGCAGCUAAUGAUCCCAGCAAACCCCUGAUGGAUGAACCAAUGGUCCAAAGGCACAUUGAGGGUCUUCAGACCUGGUGUGGGGCUAACCCAGAACUCAUCCCUUUGGAGAGGUUGACCGAUCUCCUCCUCGUGGAAGGGCUGAGCGAUCUCCAGCAGAAGCAACACGAUUUCAUACAGAUUGAAACCGCCAACGGCUUAAGGAACGUCUCUAAGAAGAUCCCCUUGGAAAAGCUCUUCCUGCCUCUCUCCAAGUUGAGCAGACCUCCACGGGUCUCGGUGACGAUUGGCGUGGCAGGAAUCGGCAAGAGCACCUUGGUGAAAUUCUUUGUCCACGCUUGGGCGAAGAGAGAGCUGAGCAAAAAAUUUAUGUUUGUUUUGCCUCUCACUUUUCGGGAACUGAACGCUUACGACAAACUGUCAGCCGAGAAGCUGGUCAGGAUGGCAGCCCCCCAAUUAAUGGACCUGAGGGCUCUUCCCAUGAGCAGCGCCAGAGCCCUUCUGAUCCUGGAUGGACUAGAUGAAUUCAAGACACUUCUGGAUUUUUCCAACGCAACGGUUUGCACAGACCCCCAGAAGGAAAUCCAAGUGGACAACCUACUCACCAACAUCAUCCGAGGUCACCUGUUGCAAAAGAUGUCCAUCUGGAUUACAUCCCGGCCAACAGCGACCAGCCAAAUCCCAGGGGGUCUUGUGGACCGGUUGACCGAGGUACAAGGUUUUGGAGAUGCAGAAAUCAAAAACUACUUAGAUCACAUGUUCAGCGAAAACCGAAGCUUGGCAGAUGGUGUGAUGCAACAGCUCAAGACCAACCGGUCCUUGUAUGCCCUCUGCACCGUGCCAGCAUUUUGCUGCAUCUGUGGCUCAUCGAUGGGCUAUUUUCUAACAGCCGCUGAUCGGCCUCUUGAAACUUCAGCCGUUCCUAAGACUUUGUCGGAAAUCUAUUCCUAUUACUUUAAAAUAUUGCUGUGCAGUGAUUGGCAAGGGAGACAGAAGGAAGUCCUCCGGAUUGAACCAAUGGUGAGCAACGGCAAGAAGGUGAUGAAUGGGCUGGGCCGGCUGGCCUUCUACAGCCUGAUCAAGAGGAAGUACAUGUUUUUUGAGCAGGAUAUGAAAGCCUACGGAGUUGACCUCUCUUCCCUUCACUUCAGCUUGUCCAGUAGGAUCUUGCUUAAGGAAGAGACCCCGGUUUCUAGCAUCUACUAUUUCUCCCACUUAACGUUUCAGGAAUAUCUAGCGGCUACUUAUUAUUAUUCCGCGGCAAAGCGGGCCCUCUUUGACCUCUUUGUUGAAAGUGGCAUGUCUUGGCCCAAGCUGGGCUUUGUCAACCAUGUAAAAAAUGCCAUCCAGAGAUCCUUACAAUCCGAGGAUGGACACCUGGACAUUUUUAUACGCUUCCUUGUCGGUCUCCUUUCCUCACAGGUAAACAAAGUCUUGUCCGAUUGGUUCCUGGUGAGGGACGAACACCACGGCUACCGGAGUCACGUGGUGGGCCUCUUCCAGAACUUCCUGGCAGUGGACCAACUUGUCUCCUGCAGGACUGUGAACCUCGUGCGCUGCUUACAUGAGCUUCAGCACACAGAGGUGGCUGCCAACGUUGAGGAGGCCAUGAAAACCGAGAACUUAGCUGGAACGUUGACACCGAUGAAUUGCUCCGCCUUGGCUUACGUUCUACAGACAUCAGAGGCGUGUGUGGAAGAAGCCAACCUCUCCAAUUGUCUCACUUAUCACAUCUUGCAAAGCCUUCUCUCUCAGCUUCUUUACUGCCGCAGUCUCAGGUUGGAUUGUAACCAGUUGAAAGACUGUUCCAUGGACCUCCUCAGCAGUGUGCUGAGCGGGAAAGACUGUCAGAUUCAAAGAAUCAGCUUGGCAGAAAACCAGAUUGGUACCAAAGGAGCAAAAGCUCUGGCUAAAUCGAUGAUGGUCAACAGGAGCCUUUUAGCUCUGGAUCUUCGGAGCAACGCCAUCGGGCCCAACGGAGCGAAGGCACUGGCUGACUCCUUGAAAAACAACCAACACUUGCUCUCGCUAAACCUCCAGAGCAACCUGAUCAAGGACAAAGGGGCAGCAGGCCUGGCCGAGGUGCUCACCAGCAACCAAACACUGAUGACGCUGCACCUCCAGAAGAACGGGGUGGGACCGCAAGGUUCAAAGCAGCUGGCCGAAGCCCUGAAGAGGAACUGGGGGCUCAAGGACCUCAUUUUGUCGGGAAAUUGUGUUGGCGACUUGGGUGCGGCAGCGUUGGCUGAAGGACUAAGGUUGAAUCUCACCCUUCUAACCCUGGACCUCCAGAGCAAUUCCAUCAGCGACACCGGAGUGACGGCACUCACACGCGCUCUCUGCUGCAACCAAGGUCUCACCAGCCUCAAUCUACGGGAAAACUCCAUCAGCCAAGAGGGAGCGCAAGCCAUCGCCAAUGCUCUACGAGCUAAUUGCACCCUGAAGAAUCUGGACUUGGCAGCCAACUUGCUCCAUGACGAAGGGAUCCAGGCCAUCGCCCAGGCGCUGAAGGAGAACCAAGCCCUCACUUCUCUGCACCUGCAGUGGAAUUUCAUUCAGGCCAAAGCUGCUAAGGCCCUGAAUCUAGCUUUGCAAUGCAACAGGAGCCUGACUAUCUUGGAUUUGCAAGAAAAUGCCAUUGGGGAUGAAGGAACGGCGGCUUUGGCUUCUGCCCUACGGGUGAACUCAACCCUGGAAGCUCUCUACCUGCAGGUGGCAGCAAUCGGGGUGAGUGGAGCCACAGCCUUGGCCGAAGCGUUGGUCGUCAACAAGAACCUUGCCGUCUUGGACCUUAGAGGAAACUCCAUUGGUUUGAUGGGAGCCAAGGCUAUGGCCCACUCCUUGAAAGUUAACAGCACCCUCCGCAGGUUGAAUCUCCAGGAGAACUCCUUGGGCAUGGAUGGGGCCAUCUGCAUUGCCACGGCACUGACAGGAAGCCACAACCUCACCUACAUCAACUUACUGGGAAAUAAAAUCGGUGAAUCAGGAGCGAAGGUGAUUUCUGAGGCCAUCCGAGCAAAAACCCCUAGCUGCGUGGUGGAGAUAUAAAGUCCAGUUGGGACUACGUUGGAGGAAGAGGAUGGCGUUUUGCAGGCCUGGAUGGAUACCUUCCCUGUGCCCAUUGACCGAGGGCAUGGUGAAAGGAUGGAAUAUCCUUGAAGGCCUGGGAUAGACCUGAAGGGGAGAUGCAGCCAUGAAACUGGGAUCAAAGAGAAGCCCGACUCACUCUCAACCAAUCAUGAGCGUUCUUG